AGAAAACAUGCCAGGUCCCAACACAACUUUAUAUGGCUAUGAAUAGGAAAGUUCUGGAGUUCCGUGAUUUUUCCGUUUCUCAUAAGUCGAUUGUGCCCUUCUCCUUGCUUUCAUUUCUUCUUCAGCUCCAAGCUAAAAUGGUGGACCCAAAAACUGAUAAGCUGGUGAGAAGGACGACUAUGGUGGCUACUGCUGUGGCUUCUUAUUUCCUCCUCACUGCAGAUUAUGGCACUGAACCAAGUGCUCUUGAUCCUAUAAAAAACGCAAUACUUUCAGCAGAGCGUUCUAUGAAGGACUUUAUCUUUGGAUCAAAGGACAGUGUUCAGAAAAAUGAAGCCGAGAAAGUCCCAAAUGUUACAGAGAAACACUGAAAGUUUUUAUUUUAUAACUAGCUAGCAUUGCUUAUACAAGAUUUUGGUUUGUUAGAUUUGGUGCCCAGAACUUUUAGCAUAACAACCUUGGUUCCUUUUUCACUUGUGCAGCAACUAAAUUAAACAUUAAAAAAAAUUCAGGUGCAUACAUAGGUAUAAGUAAUCUGCUAAGCAAAGGAUGUAAAAGGACACAUCCUUUAAGUGAUUGUUGUUGCACGAUAUCACUUACAUGAUGAAACUGUUCAAUUAUCC